AUGUCUGCAAUGCCUUAUGCUAAAGUACACAUUUUAAAACUAAAACUUACGUCUGUAUCAUAAGCAUUCUCAUAUGUAGACAUACAUAAGAGACACAUCAGCAUAAAUUAAUGGUAGAUGGCACUUAGAUAAUUAACAUCCUGUCAAAAUUUUCAACUCAAGCUAUGAGACAUCAGUAAUUCUUAAAAUACAACUCCAUCACUAGGACUACAAUCUGACCUACUAGGCAAGUACUCUCCAUUCUUGAAAGCAUAUGGAUGCAAUGAAAAAUAUAACAAGAUCACUAAAAUGAUGCCCAAGACAAAGAGAAAUAUGACGCAUACAAUAUAAACUAAGAUUGAAGACAUAAUAUUCUGAAGAAUGUAAUAUGACCAGGCAUGAAUCCUGAAAAACUAGGCUCUAGUACUAACGUGAAGUAAAAUGGGUAUAUUACUAUGGUGUCAGAAAAUAGUGACAGAGGAUCUAGCCAUCCACCUGAAAAGGCCAAGGAAAAUCAAUAAAAGGAGCGCAUAAAAUUCAAAAAUUGUUGAUACUCUUCAUUUCCAAGAUUAAAAAUGAAAAUUUAUGAAAAAUCCCACCUGAACCACUUGCAAGACCGUAUGGAUUCAAAUACGUAGUAAAAUAGGUCAACCUCCUUCCUUAUCUUUCCCAGAAACGGCUAUCCAUACUCUACCGUAGCCACCCUCGGCACUCCCCAACAGCCGUUCACAGAAACUCCGAAAAUAUUCGUUAAUUAACACCUUAAAGGGAACUAAGCAAUUUUAUACCUUCACUUAGUUGCCAGUCGUACCCCUGCUCAGGAAAUAUUAUCUGCAAGCUCCAUGAGACCAUGGUAAGCAUAGUUGACGGAUCCUGAUCCAGAUCCAUGUAAGAUGGAAUCAUGAAAGCUUUGAUCUUUUCUAACUCUGUCUGUAACUCACUAGAGGUUCGGGAAAAAAAGAGAAGAUGUAUACGAACGAGAUAUACAGCGACGAGAAGAAAGAAAAGGAUUGAAUAGACGAACUCCCGAGCAUUUGUUGAUCUCAGAUGUGUCUAUAUCAAAGGAACGGGUGACUCAUUAUUUCGAUGAAUAUUUCCUUCGGACAGAAGAAGAUUCGGUAAACACAAGGAAUCUCGCUUAUUCGAAAUCUCACUUAUCAAAGUCCAUUGUGAAAGAAUCACCCGCCAUUUAG